CUGCACAAGAUUGGACUUGUAGGGAAGUGAUCUGCAAUUGUGACGCCUUGAUUAGAGACCCUUAAUCGCGAAGGAAAGGGAGACCGUGGGGUUUUGAUGUGUCCAAGUGCUGCCCUAGUCGGCAUCAUCCUGUGAAUAAACAGAUGCCCUAACCAUUAAAGUAAGAUGUCUAGAUAUUUUAGACGUUUCUCAAAACCUUCGUCAAUCAAGAUAAUAUAGCGUAAUAGAAUAAUUUUCUCACAUGCAGCCUUGUUUUAAGGUCAACCAUCGUGAUAAAUCAGACAAAUAACACAUUAUAAGCGUGACGUUCAUAGCAAUGUUACAAUUGCAGUUUUUCUUUCUCCUCACGACAGCCGCUGGCGCCGAAACGAUAUUCAAUAUCGAGGGAAAGAUAGCGUUGGUAACGGGUGGCGCUCAGGGAAUCGGGUACGCGACCAUUGAUGCUCUUCUGCAGGCGGGAGUUAGGGGAGUGACAUUAGUCGACGAGAACGUCGCGAAAGGAAGAAGUACAGCAAAAUCGUUCAACGCGAAGUACGGCUACGGUAGGGUGAUAUUUUUAGCGGCGGAUGUUUCAAACGGAAACAUAUUCGAAGAUGUCUUUAAGGUUUCCCUGGACCAUUGGAGAGGCCUAGACAUCGUUGUCAAUAACGCCGGAGUUUUCAAUGAAAACAACCGAAAUGAUACAAUCAACACUAAUAUUGUUGGCGUUGUGCAUGGCACCAUGCUGGGAUUCAAAUACAUGAGCACAGCUAAAGGAGGGAGAGGUGGUGUAAUAAUAAAUGUUUCAUCGAUUGCUGCAUUAACCACCGUCUACUAUUGCCCCGUCUAUUCUGGAUCGAAAAGCUUUGUCUUGGAACUCGGUCGUGCCUUAGGAAACCCGAUCUAUUAUGACUACAACAUGGUACGCGUUGUUACCGUAUGUCUUGGUCUAACGAGCACUUCGCUUACCGCCACGGACCAUUUCGUAAGCUCGAUCUCAAACGAACUUACUCCACGUCUUAAGGAAGCGGCGCUCGAAACAUUUGUAACCUCCCCAUCCCAAUCGUCGAAGAACGUGGGGGAUGGGAUACGAGACGUACUCGAGGAUGGAAGCAGUGGUAGCGUUUGGGUUAUCGAAGACGAUAAGCCACCAUAUGAAAUUUAUUUCCCUGACAGGAAAGCCAUGCGCAAGAAUUAACCCCUUCUUCAGAUCCCCUAUUGCGAGGUUUCAUUCGCCGCCAUUUGGUACAGAAUCUGGAAUGUUAAUAUAAAUAAGUUACCUUUGGAAGUAAAAUUGGCAGUGGUGUCCUUUCUUGAA